AUGGGGUGUUGCUCGUGGCAGAGCGAGCUGCCGCCCCCGGAGGAGCGGCACUGGCGACGGCGGCACGGCCUCCAGCUGCCGCUGCACCCGCAGCAGGUGCUCGGCUGGGUCGUGCUGGCCGCCCUGACCGCCGCCACCUUCGGCCUCCUGUUGCCGGCCAUGCGCCAUGACCUCAGGGCCCUCGCCACGCCGGUCAUGGCGCUGCUCUUUGCCCUGCACGCCGCCUCCCACCUCGUCGCUCUGCUCACCGACCCUGCCGAGGAGGCCCUUAGGGCGGGGGGCUAUUCACAAAAGGGUGAAUUCGACCGGCGGCGCCACCUGCACGUGAUCGAGGAGGGUCGGUGCCAUUUGUGCAGCAUCACGGUGAGCAGCGUGCGCAGCAAGCACUGCAGCGCGUGCAACAAGUGCGUGUCCGUGUUCGACCACCACUGCAAGUGGCUGAACCACUGCGUCGGCGGGCGUAAUUACACGCCCUUCUUGGUGUGCGUGCUGUGCUCAGGGCUGGCCAGCCUGCUGAUCGGCCUACUCGCCCUGUGGCAGCUCGUCUCCCUGUUCCACUUCCCCCAUUUAGUGGCCUCCCCCACUGCUGAGCGGCUGGCCUUCUCCCUGCUGCUGGUGCUCGUCUCCCUGCUCUCCCUCACCGUCUCCCUGCUGCUGCUGCACCUUUUCGCCUUCCACGUCUACAUUGCCUACCAGGGCAUCUCCACCUACGAGUUCAUCCGCAACUUCCGCUACCAGGAGGAGCCGCGUAACUACCUCAUCUUGAGGAAGAAGUCCAGGUCGGCGUCCUCGGUCAUCAAGUCCAGGCUGGAAGUGUGUGCGGACCGCAGCAACAGGAUCACCCCCAGUGACGAGAGGGUUGAUAAGAACAGCUCGGUCUUCACCAUCACAGGCGAGACCAGGAUUUUCACCACACCCUGA